GCGUGUGAGGCGGCGGCGGGCGACCUUCCCCUCAGCGGCGGCGGCGGCGGCGGCGAAGCAGGCAGCGCGGGCCCCGCCCCCUGUCAUGGCAGCCGUCCCCUCAGCCGACCCGCGGCCUGUCCCGGCGGAGGCGGCGGCGGAGGGGGGCUCCCUCAGGCCCGUCGGGUAGGCCGAACCGGAGGCGGCGAAUCCCCCGCGGCCUCGAGAAACGCUUCUUUCGCCGGCCCGGCUUGAGCGUCGCGCUGCGGCCCGGCCCUCGCCGUUGGAUGUGGGAGAGGAUGGAGGCCAAGACGGUGGUCUACGACCUGGACACCACGGGGGGCCUCAUGGAGCAAAUCCAGGCGCUGCUGGCCCCUCCGCGGAGCGACGACGGCGGCGGCGGCGGGAGCGAGAAGCGGAGCCGGCGGCCGGAGCGAGGAGGAGGAGGAGGCGGAGGGGGCGACGGGCAUCCCCCGCACCACUUCCAGCACCACCAUCACCAUCAUCACCACCACCACAACAACCCCCCCGCGCAGCCCCCGCCGGGCAUCUCCGGGCACCCGCACUCCGGGACCCCCCCGGCGCCGCCCCCCCACGCCGGAGGCCCUCCCGGCGCCCACCACCACCACCACCACCCCCCGCACCACCAGCAGCAGCCGCCCCCCGCCGCCUCCUCCGCCUCCGCCACGGCCGCCCAACGACGCAGCGGCCGCGCCACCAACCACGACAGCUGCGACAGCUGCAAGGAGGGCGGCGACCUGCUCUGCUGCGACCACUGCCCCGCCGCCUUCCACCUCCAGUGCUGCAACCCUCCGUUGAGCGAGGAGAUGCUGCCUCCCGGGGAAUGGAUGUGCCAUCGCUGCACCGUGCGCCGGAAGAAGAGAGAGCAGAAGAAGGAACUCGGUCACAUGAAUGGCUUGGUUGACAAAUCCGGCAAGAGGACCUCGUCUCCCACCAGCGAUGCCGACUACUUGGACCGGGCGGGCGGUGGGAGCCUCCGGACCCUUCCCCACUCCCGGCUCUUGGAGCGCAGAGCGAGCCGGCCCGGCACCCCGACCUCCAACACCAGCACAGACACCCCCAACUCGGAGCAGAACGACGUGGACGAGGACAUAAUCGACGUGGACGACGACUCGGCCCCCGGGGCGGAAGCCGAGGGUGGGCAGCCCCACCUGAAGCGACCCUUCGAGCUGCUCAUCGCGGCCGCCAUGGAAAGGAACCCCACCCAGUUCCAGCUGCCCAAUGAGCUCACCUGCACUACGGCCUUGCCAGGUACUAGUAAGCGAAGAAGAAAGGAAGAGACCUCCGGGAAGAAUGUCAAGAAAGCACAGCAUGAGCUGGACCACAAUGGUUUGGUUCCCCUGCCAGUGAAAGUCUGCUUCACCUGCAGCAGGAGCUGCCGAGUGGCCCCUCUGAUCCAGUGUGACUACUGCCCUCUACUCUUUCACAUGGACUGCCUGGAGCCCCCCCUGACAGCCAUGCCGCUGGGCAGGUGGAUGUGCCCCAAUCACAUUGAGCAUGUGGUGCUGAACCAGAAGAACAUGACGCUGAGCAACCGGUGUCAGGUGUUCGACCGCUUCCAGGACACCAUCUCGCAGCACGCGGUGAAGGUGGAUUUCUUGAACCGGAUCCACAAGAAGCACCCACCCAACCGCCGAGUGGUCCAGUCGGGGAAGAGGAAGGGUCUGAAGGUCCCAGAGGCCAUCAAGUCCCAGUAUCGGAUCCCACCAGCAUUAAUGGCGCCCGCGGCCAUCCGGGACGGGGAGCUGAUUUGCAAUGGCUUUUCCGAGGGGUCUUUGCAGAAGCCCCCUGGCAGCCCCUCCCAGCACUUAGCCGCCCAGUCGGAACAGCAAGAGUGGCUGUGUAGCAUCGUGGCCCUGCAGUGCAGCAUCCUCAAACACUUAUCGGCCAAGCAGGCCCCUUUUUCCUGGGACCCGGAGCAGGUGGAGAAAGGGGACAUCAAGCCGGUGCUGGCGGCUGACGGCUCCCUCGCCAGUCCGUACCAGGCGACGGACAAGCCCAACGCUCCCCCUCCCAGUUGCACCUCGGGGCUCAUCCCUCAGAACUCCUUGCAGGACGAGACCCCCUACCCUUCCUCCGCAGACUGGCCCAAGAAACCUUCCCCCUGCGGGACGUCGAACGGCCUUGGCGCCGCAGAGGUGAAGAUCAACGGCCCCAGCUUCUACGGCGAGGCCUCCGUGCCCGCUUCGCCCAGGCUGACCGGGCAGGGCGGGUCCUUGUCUCACCGGCAGCAGCCCUGGCCAAGACCCACCACUCCUCCGGCGGCUUGCGGGCUCCUCAACCACGUGGCUGGCGCCAUCGUGAAAACGGAGAACGCCGCAGGACCUGUCUCGUGCCCCCACAAGGUCGCCGUGCCCGUCACCACCCUGCUGGCCUCGCUCCCCAGUUCUUGCUUCAGUCUGGAAGCUGCCAUGGCGUGGCCACAGAAGAACACUCAGGCGCCGAUCGGGCCUCUGCUAGCUACAGAUCUGGGCGCAGCGGACUCCCCUGUCUCUGCCACAUGGGCACUCACGCCUCACCCAGCGGCUGUAGGGGAAGGAGGCUCUGCCGUAGCCCCCGCCCAUGGUUUUUGUUCGUCAGCCCCACCUCCAGAUGGAAAGGUCAGCCCAAGCCCCCUUCCUGCUUUAGCGACCCCUUCCUCGCUCCCUUCCAAUUCUUCGGCCGCAGUGGACGUCGCGGGACCCGUGAAGGCAUUAAUAGACGGGAGCGGAGCAGAGAUCGAGAUCGGGAUGCUGGAUGAGAAACUGAUCAAGUUCCUGGCCUUGCAGAGGAUACACCAGCUCUUCGCCUCCAAAGCCCAGCCAGCGGCCGACAGCGUGGGAAGCCCCCCGCCCAGUUCUGCCAGCAACCCUGCCGAAGGACAGAGGAAGGAGGUGCAGGCCCGGGCAGUCUUCUACCCACUCCUCGGCUCGGGCAGCGCUGUGAACAUGUGCUACAGGACCCUCUACAUCGGGACAGGAGCAGACAUGGACGUGUGCCUUACAAACUACGGUCACUGCAACUACGUCUCGGGCAAACACGCCUGCAUUUUCUACGAUGAGACCACCAAACAUUACGAACUGCUCAACUACAGCGAGCACGGCACCACGGUGGACAACGUCCUGUACUCGUGUGACUUCUCGGAGAAGGCGGCGUUCAUCCCGCCCAGCAGCAUGGUUGCCAAAGUGCAGAGCGUGAUCAAGCGCCACAAGAACCGGAAGCCGCCGGAGGAAGAGCCGCCGCCAGCGCCCAGCGAAGAGUCCCCCGCGAUGCGUGCCCAGGCCCAGGGCCAGCCCCAUCCGCCCUGCAGCUGCAGAGCCAGCAGCUCCAGCCUGAUCGGGGGCAGUGGGGCAGGCUGGGAGGGCACAGCCCUCCUGCACCACGGCAGCUACAUCAAGCUGGGCUGCCUGCAGUUCGUCUUCAGCAUCACGGAGUUUGCAACCAAACCUCCCAAGGUGGACGCCUCGGCCUUAGCCCAAGAGACGGACUUGGAGGAGAAGCUGUCCCCCAGGGGUCACCAGGCUCCCGUGCUCCGGUCCAAUUCAGUGCCAUAGGAGCCGUGGGGCGGCCCGGGGAGGGGUGGGGAGGAGAAGCCCCUCCCCUCUUCGCCCCUUGGAUCAGAGACGCCUGUUCGUUUGACACAACCCCCGACCACGUCUGUCCGCAUUUCUUUUCCCUUUUUUUCCUACGUGGGGGCUGCAGACUUUGGAUGCCCUUUGCAUGAAAAUGAAGAACUUUUAAUUUUUUUUUUUAAUUUUUUUUUUUUUUUUAAUGGUUUGCUCAAGUUUUAGGGGCAUUUGCACAUAUAUUUGUACUAUACAUUUCAUUUAAAAGACAAAAAGCGAAAAAAAAAAAAAGGAAAAAGGAAACUGCCACGCGCGGAGGCUAUGCUGGGUGGAGGGGGGCAGCCGGGGGUCGUAACCCCGUGGCCAGCGCUCCCUCGCCGUUGUAAAAUAAUCAAAAACUUGUUCUAUUUUGUGCCAGUGACAAUAGUUUUUAUAUUGAAAAAAAAAAAAAGAGAGAGAAAUACAGUUUUCAUACAGCAAAAUCUAUACAACUAUCAUUGUUUUAUUUAAUGUAAAGAUGCGCUCUCCCCCACAUGCCGGUUGGUUUUUUUUUCCCCUCCGUGCCCCCAUCCUGUGCCUCUACCCCUCCUGCCCCCCACCCCUCCCCAGCCCUUCUGGGGCUGGGCUGGGCAGGGAGAGCCCAGGUCUCCUCCCCUGGCAUCCUCCCCCCGCCCCCCAACAGCCUCCCAUUUUCCGAUGACGAGAAGUAUUUUGGGCUCUGUGUAAAUACAUCGACUGAUGGCAUUUUUUUCAGUGUUUUUUAAAGCUGUGUACAGUGGUACAUGUGGUAUGACGUUGCCUCCGGUUGUCUUAAUUGUAGCAAAGCGUUUUUUGUCGUAAUCCUGUUUUUUCACCCUUCUGUUCCAAUACUUUCCCCCACUCCACCCCCACCCCCACCCCACCUUCCACCCCCCAACCCCUCCAUCCUGUUCUCUCAGCAGCUGAGUUCUAAUGUACAGAAGUAAUUGCUAUGUUUUAGGCUUUACGGAAACUUUUUUCCUGUAUUCUGUAUAUAAAACUACAAAAUACGGCA